CAUACAAUCUCAGUUAUUAGACAUAAAUUUCACCAGCUGAUGCUCAUAAAAGAAAAUCAAUUCGUUUAAAGAAAAAAAAAAACAGAGGUGGAUCCUACCAAGAAUUGAUCAUUUCAUUUACAUCUUCUCCUCCUCCUUGUCAGUCUUGUUUCUUGUACGACUUUCUUUCUAACCACUAAACAGAUAACCAAAGAGUAGAGACACUCUCAUCUUCAAAAACCUUCUUCUCAUAAACAAAAAAACACUAGAAUUCUUUUUCUCUUCGAAAUAUGAGUACUGCGCCUAGAGCUUUGAAUGUUAUUCUUUCUUUGUUCGUUUGGCAACUUAUAUUCAUCAUAGCCGGAAUAAGUCGUCUGAAUUUUGCUAGUGCGGCUACUUUAGGAGAAUGGAAACUUUUGCAGAGAAACAUUGGUGUUUCAGCAAUGCACAUGCAAUUACUUAACAAUGAUCGUGUGAUUAUAUUCGACAGAACUGAUUUCGGGCGUUCCAAUCUAUCGUUACCUAACGGUGUUUGUCGGAAUAAUCCUAAUGAUCUAGCUCUUAAAGUUGAUUGCACAGCUCACUCGCUUGAAUAUAACGUUAAUGCUAACUCGUUUCGGCCUCUAAUGAUUCAAACUGAUACGUGGUGUUCUUCGGGUUCUGUUUUGGCGGACGGGCGUCUCCUGCAAACCGGAGGGUUCAAUGAUGGUGAGAAGAAGUAUAGAGUUUUCCGUCCUUGUGCUAACUGUGAUUGGCAAGAAUUCGAUGGUCUGAAUGCGCGAAGAUGGUACGCUACAAAUCAUAUAUUGCCGGAUGGAAGGAUUAUUGUCAUUGGUGGUCGACGGGCGUUUAGCUACGAAUUUUACCCGACAUCGAAAACACUUAUCAAUUUUCCGUUUCUAUCUCAAACAAACGAUGCAGGUGAAGAAAACAAUCUGUAUCCUUUUGUUCAUCUAAAUGUAGACGGAAACUUGUUCAUUUUUGCGAAUAACCGAGCUAUCUUAUUCGACUACAAGAAAAACUCGAUCGUAAGAACGUACCCACAGAUACCUGGUGGCGACCCAAGAAACUACCCAAGUUCAGGCUCCUCAGUACUACUUCCGUUGAGCGCAGCUGGCACUGAAGCUGAGGUUUUGAUUUGCGGCGGUGCACCGAAAGGUUCGUAUGCUCAAGCCAACAAAGGAGUUUUCGUUACAGCUUUGAGGACAUGUGGGAGAAUUAAAAUCACUGAUGCUUCACCGCAAUGGGUCGUGGAAAAUAUGCCCACAGCUAGAGUCAUGGGUGAUAUGACUUUACUUCCUGAUGGCAACGUUUUGAUUGUCAAUGGUGCUUCAAGUGGGACAGCCGGAUGGGAAAUUGCUCGAAACCCGGUUCUAAGUCCGGUCAUUUAUCGACCAGAUAGCGCAGUCGGAUCAAGAUUUCAAGUCCAAAAUCCAUCUAAAACGCCAAGAAUGUAUCACUCAACAGCAGUUUUACUGAGGGAUGGUAGGGUUUUAAUAGGAGGUAGUAAUACUCAUGUUGGUUACGUCUUCUCCGGAGUUGAUUUUCCGACAGACUUAACUCUAGAAGCGUUCUCACCGGCAUAUUUGGGUACAGAGUUCGCCAGUAUCCGACCUACCAUUUUAUUGCCCACAGCACAGACAAGUCUAAAUUAUGGAGAAAUUUUAAGGGUUCGAUACAAGAUUUCAGGCACACUUAGCCCACGGAAAGUAACCGUGACAAUGGUGUCGCCUUCGUUCACGACUCAUUCCUAUUCCAUGAAUCAAAGGUUGCUGCAUUUGGGAGGUGGAAACUCCCUCAAGGUUGCAACAUCCGAGUAUAUUACCCAAGUUAGAACGCCUAAAAAUAGCAUUCUUGCUCCAUCCGGGUAUUAUUUGCUGUAUGUUAUUCAUCAAGGUAUUCCUAGUGUCGGAACUUGGGUUCAUAUCAAGUAAAGUAUCUUACUUAUACUAAGUAGAAGAAGAGUGGUAGCAUUUCAUUGGUAAAUUAUAGGUUUAUACAGUUAUAAUUCAAUUCUACUAGAGAGGUCUCCGUUAUCACAAAAAAGUGUAUAUAGAGAGAUGAAUGAUGAAGAAUUUAGAUGUUAUAAGGCCAAGGCCAAGUAAAUUCUUCAUCUUUUACUGGUUACUUCAAACAACAUGUAAUAUUAUUAAUUAAGUUCAAUAAUUUGCUGUA